CCUGCCCUCCCACUUCCACGUCCGGAUCACUCAACGCAACCGGGUCAAGCCGGCGACAGGUGAAAAAUCCUGUGUUUUAGGAUGACAAAUCCAGACGCAAGUAUAGAAAGAAAUCAACCUCUAUAAUGAUUGAGUGCCACAAAAAUGAUGCUGUGUGGCUAAAAAAUUCCCACAACUUCAGUAAUUUUUACACAAUUGGGCUUCAUUUCAAAGGCUUCAUCAUCGCUGGGAAGUGAUAUCCCAGUGUUACAAGAUGGCAAAGGCCCUUAGGGGCUGAAGAAUGAUCUUUUCUAGCAUUAGGCUCAGUAAGAUAUGCUUCCUGCUCUCAGUUAUCACUUGUACAGUUCUCCUUUUGCUAAUUCCUAAAUUCCAAUCCAGCUGGAAAUUUAGGAACUAUCCUCAGCCACGCCCAUCGCUUGUUUUUAAUAUUUCCAACAAGAAUGAUAUCCCACUGCAGCAGGUGGAGUUCAAUUCCUCUGAUCCUUUAGAUGCUGAGAUUAACAAUAUACUGCCCUUGAUAAAAGGGAACCUACUAGAAAAAUGGAGUCAUUAUGUUAUAGACACUGGUCGAUCCCAUCUGAAAGCUAAUGGAGAGAGAAAUGAAAGGCCACACAGCGCGACACAUAUGGAAUCUGCUGAAGUCUCUGCUAAGGAAAAGUUGGAACUGAAGGAUAUUUUUAUUGCUGUGAAAACCACAAGGAAAUAUCAUAAAACAAGGCUGAACUUGCUCUUCCAAACAUGGAUAUCUCAGGCCAAAGGACAGACAUUUAUAUUCACAGACUGGGAAGAUCGUGAGCUGCAUCUUAGAGCAGGGGAUCACAUAAUUAAUACCAACUGCUCAGCUGUUCACACCCGCCAAGCUCUCUGCUGCAAGAUGUCAGUGGAAUAUGAUAAAUUUCUAGAGUCUGGGCGAAAGUGGUUUUGUCAUGUAGAUGAUGACAACUAUGUGAAUCUGCAGAGCCUCCUGAGACUUUUGUCUGCUUUUUCACACAGCCAAGAUAUAUAUAUAGGAAGACCAAGUCUGGACCAUCCAAUUGAAGCAGCAGACCAUAUCCAGAAUGAUGGAUCAACUACUACAAAAUUCUGGUUUGCCACAGGUGGUGCUGGGUUUUGUAUCAGCAGAGGCCUGGCCCUCAAGAUGAGCCCAUGGGCUAGGUAUGUGCAGCUUGGAACGUUUGCUCCCACCCCUCGACCUGAACAGAUCGGAGGAGAGAUUCAUUCCUUGAUUUUUGCUUUUGGUAGCCUUGGGAGCUUCAUUAGCACUGCAGAGAGAAUUCGCCUCCCUGACGACUGCACCAUUGGCUACAUCAUCGAGGGGCUCUUGGAAGUGAAACUGUUGCACAGCCCCUUGUUUCACUCUCAUCUGGAAAACCUACAGCGGCUGCGUGAUGGAGCUGUGCUCAGACAAGUUACCUUGAGUUACGGUGGCCCUGAGAAUAAACGCAAUGUUGUGAGUAUGGGUGAAGUAUUCACUGUACAACAAGAUCCAACUCGGUUCAAAUCUGUUCACUGCCUCCUCUACCCUGAAACUCUGUGGUGCCCCACUCUACCCUGAAACUCUGUGGUGAAAUGAUAUCUACCCUUUCAUGUGAGUCUCUUAUACAGCUCUCUUUAAAUGAAUAACCAGAGCUAUAUUUUGGAGGAAAAAGAAAGACAAAGCAAGUCCCAAACAAACCAGUCACUCUUCAAAAUAAUGCUUGAGAAGAACUUUGGCCUUGGGCACAUUAUAAAUAAUAUCUGCAAUGUUUCUUUUUCAGGCUCAAAUAUAUAUUUGCUGAAACAUAACCAUUCCUGCACUGCAAUACUGUAAUGCAAUUUCAAUGUAAAGUUACAGUCUGGCACUGUAGCAAUAUGGCUGAUAAAUAGACCUUUAUAAAAAUGUUUGGAGCAAAGCAUAGCUUUUUUGUUGUUAUUAGGGCAAGUGUUCUUAUUUGGGAAGGUAGUAUAAUCAAGAAAGUAUUUUUGUUAAUUCUGCCUUACUAAUUGUAUUCCUGUGGAACCACAGUGGAAAUGUCAGAAAUGUCAUCUCUUACAGUAAAUAUGAGACAAGCCAAUCCCUAGCAACUUCUCUGCUCUAUGCAAUAGGAGAACCUCUUGCCUUCAUGGCCCUUUAAAGUUGGCUUUCAUUCUUGCCUUUUUGGACGUUCUCCACUGUUACGCUCAAGUCCCAAAGUGAUUGGUCUUGGAUAUUUUCUAACCACUAACUGUUUCUAGGUAUUGAAACCGGUAUUUCUGUUGGCUGGGCCAUCAUAUGAGUCUUACAUGUUAUACUGCAGCUAACUUCCUAACUUGAUACACCCAACACUCAGUAAUUGGAUCUUUGAGAAAAUGAGUAUUAGCAAGCAAGCUUGUAAAAGGAUGGACCAUGAUGUAUUUUGAGGGUUGUCCACUGGUUCUGUGGUUGACUUGGUCAACUUAAUAAAGGAUAUUUCUGAGUCA